CCUUUACCCCCAUCUCCCUCCACCAUGUUCCCGAUUACCGACUGCCAUUUUAGCCUGAGAGCUGAAGAAGCAUCUGAGCUCAUGACAAAGUGUGGAGAGGUAGCUUGAGUACUUGGUGAGAAACUUGCUGUCUGGCUCGACGGCAAAGACUUUUGGACGGAUCAGGUUGUGCGCUUUUCAAAAAAAAAAAAAUCCUGUUUGGACCAUGUUUCCUAAAAAUGUGUGUGUGAAAGCGCAGCAUGCAUUUCGUCCAAGAAGGGAUAUGGGACCCUCAGGCGCCAUCUAAGCAUGCCUCCACCCUCCCGCCUCAGCCCCCUCCCCACUCGCGCCUUGCCCACGUGACGAAAGCCGCGCCAGCCAAGAGGAUCACCUUCUACAAAAGCGGGGACAGCCAGUUUGGGGGUGUCAGGAUGGCUAUCCACAAACGCAGCUUCAAAUGCUUUGAUGCCCUGCUGGAUGACCUUUCUCAAAAGGUGCCCCUUCCAUUUGGUGUACGGACUGUGACCACGCCGCGCGGCACCCACAUCAUCAAACAUCUGGAGGAACUCCAGGACGGGGGUUGUUACCUCUGUUCUGAUCGGCGCCAGGCUAAACCAGUCAACAUGGAGCUUGCCAGCAAACGCCAAAGCAUUUGGCACCAUCACAGCCGCAUACCCCAACAACCGGAGAAGCUGUCUGCGUCCUCACCUGGCCAUGCGCUUCACAGACAUCGGCGCAUCCUGCUGAUUAAGAACACUGAGCCUGGAAUACGAAGGAGUCUGACACUGAAUAGGAGGUCGACCAGAAGUAUGAGGGCUUUUCUUGAGGAGGUGUCCGAGAUGAUGCAGUUCCAUGUCCACAAACUUUACACCGCAGAAGGGCGCAAAGUUGACAACAUUCAAGGUUUGAUGUCCUGCUCUGGAGUUUUGGUGUGUGUCGGCAGGGAGGCCCUCAGUCCAAUGGUGUUGAAGUUCCUUCGGAAGAGCUCAGACGAAAAACUACCAGGUUUGGGAAGCAGGUCGCCAGGUCUUGGUCCAAGGACUCCUGGAAAUGGCGCACGAUCCCCUGGCUUUCAAGAAAUAAGAUCCGACCCUCAUGGAGCACAGUCCAGGUCCAGCGACUGUAGUGAGGGGCAGGAAAGCAAGAAAAGCGUCAACUUUGGUCUGGAGACCAAAAAGAGCAUAAUCCACCCUCGUUCUGAUUCUUCAGCCCGCUCCACUCGAGUCUCUUUGUCUUCAGAGAAGUCCUUUGGCAACAGUGUAAGAGCGCACUCCCAGCAGAGACCAGCCAUUAUGAAUGAUGACAUUGAAAAGCGUGUCCUUGUUAACAAGGAUGGCACUCUCUCUGUGGAGAUGAGGGUGCGUUUUCGCCUCCGUAAUGAUGAGACCUUGCAGUGGUCCACACAGAUAAGAAAAUCGCCUUCUUUGACAAGUGAGUGCUGCCAACCAAGCCAUGUGCAGAGCCCUUACUUACAAAAUGGCCAAUCAGAAAGCUACUCUGAUUCUGCAUCCUUUGACCCAGAUUGUAUGGACUAUUCCAGUCAAUCUCUAAGUCAUACAUUUGAGGGGAUCCACUGCACCUGCUGCUACCAGAGGCAAGCACAGCCACACAACCUGUGGGACCCAAUAUACAACCACAAACAGCCACCUGUCCCACCACCACAUGUAACUAGCCACGCUACAAUAAGGCACACACAUUCGUCCAGCUCGUCCUCAUCUUGUAACUCCAGGAGAGUGGUGCGCCGUAGGGAAAAACUCUCUAACUGUCGAAGAGACUCUAAUUUGAAGCAAAGCCAACUUGUCCAAAAGGAAACCUGUGUGAUUGAGCAGGUAGAGAGCAGAGUAGACAUAGAGCAGAAUGGAGACACUCACGUCGAGGUGUGCAAGGUGAGCCGCUGCUCCAGUCGCAGUGAAGUGGUGACUUUGGAUGGCAACCCAAGACCUCCUAGCGAGAGCUCAGUUGAGGAGGAGGUGAUGGAGGAAGAAGUGGAACCUCCAUUGUCUAGAGUCAGCAGCUCCUCACGUGUUCUUCAGUCGUUAAAAGAAGACCAAGAUGAUGAUGAUGAUGAACUGCCACCUAGUGCUUCACAGUGCUCACAACGAAAUGAACUAUCGCCCACUGGAAGCAACAAGCUGGAGAAGAAGGACAGUAGAGGAAGUGGAGCAGCCUCUGCAGCUGCAUCUUGUCUCUGUGGCGCUAACACACCUCACAUCCCAACUGGAGCGGUUGAAAUAUCUCAAGCUCCCAGAUCCAGCGCCAAUAUAAGUAGAGCGUCUUGCAGAUCCACCGAAGUCAUGAACCAUAGGGAUGAGAGUGAAGAGAUUGUAAAAGCUUUAUCCGACACCCCUGUGCAGUCCGCAAUGUCAAGUGUAUGUCCUAAUUGUGGCGGUUACAAACUUGCAAAAAAUUGUAAUUCGAAAAGUAAAGCCUCAAAAAGGCCCCAUCAACCUUGUUCAACGGUUACCUCACCUCUCCCAAGCCAAUCAAAUGCCAACGAACAUUCUUAUGAUGCUCUGUCUACAAAAUCCAGCAAAACCAAUAUCAAAAGUCAUGGAUCAGCCACAGAGAGCAGAGCAUCUAGUGUCAUGUCCACAAUGUCCAAUACUGAGCCAACAGACAAGAAGCAAGAAAGGGCCACCUCCGUCAUAAGUCACAAGUCCAACACAUCACGGAAAUCUAGUCCCAUUGGUGCCACAGCUGAAAAUAAGGAGGAGCGACGCUCCAGUGCUAUGUCAGGUCAAAGGUCCAACUGCAGUGGCAUAGCUGAAAGCCCUAACGUCACAGCAACAGAUGAAGCAGAGGGAGGGAACAGUGAUGACAUUGUAGCUAAAUCUUGUUUGUCACCAAGGAGUGUGUCAAGUGUCAGGAUUAACUCUCCAGUUGACAAUACAGCCCUGGAAGAAAACUGUUCAAAUGGUAGACCUCAUAGUUGUCGCUCUGUUACAUCUACUGCAUCUGUCAAGUCUGACAGGGCAGAGCGACCCAAUAGUGUCCUCUCUACUAAAUCGUCAAAGUCAAAUAUAUCAGGGAAGUCCAGCACAUCCCACAAUCAGUGUGCAAAAGAUGAACCAAUGGUAGUAAAGCCAACUGAAGAGGAAGAAGAACCAUAUAUUUGUCCAGAAAACCCAGAACUUGAAGAUAUAAAAGAGGAUCAAGCUGAAGAACGGGCAACCAGUGCGUUGUCUGCUAAAUCAACAACUUCAUGCCAAACAAACUGUGACUCAAACCGCACUGUAGCAUCUCCAGAUCUAAAGGAAGAUUAUAUUUCUUCUAUUGAAGGAAAUGGAAAACCAAAUGAAGCUCAAGAACAGGUGUCCAGUGCCAUGUCAAUUAAGUCAAAGACUUCUGUGAGAUCCAGUGCCUCUCAGAAGUCAAUGUCUAGCAAGAAUCUCAAACCAGCUUCCCCAAGACCAAGUAUAAUUACCAUUAAUUCCCCAGAAGCGGUUGAUGAGAUGAAUGAGGCAACAGGUGAAGGAGAAGAGGUAGAAGAAAACCAAAGUAAAGCAUCUGAACAUCUGCAUGGUGAAAUGCUGUCACCCAAGAGAAUACGCUCACCUCGGACCCACCCUCAGAAAGCUAAGACUGCAUCCCUCAGCAGUUCUAAUGAGGCAAGAUGCCAGAGUGCUUUGUCAGUUCACUCUACAACCUCUAUUAAAUCUGGAAAGUUUAAAUGCCACUGUGGGACAGCUUCAACAUGUGAAGAGGGCAAGGAAAAUGGGGUGGGGGAAGAAAAUGAAGCAGAGAAAGAGGAAGACAACAUGGAACUGAAAGGAGAGCCAGGGGGCACAGGGCACCCACUGAGUCCAAACUCAUCUGGGUCCGUCUCCCUUGGGUUGCCGGAUGACCAAGAGACAGCAGACUCAGACAGCUGCAAGUCCUGUGUUUCAUUUCACACUGGCACUCACAGCAAGGGCAGAUUGAGGACAGCAACUCCAAAUGUCCACAAAACUCCUGAGUCAGUAUUGUCUGAUAAGUCCAACAUUAACGGGAGUACACAUGAAGUCCAUAUCCCCAUUAUUGAAGUACCUGGAGUUGAUGGAGACAACAAUUUACCUACAGAGGACUGUCGUAGUACCAGCCAGGCUUCAAGAGCCAGUGUUAAAAACGUUGAUGACAGCAGGCCCUCCUCUUCAUUAUCAUCUGCUAGUGCCAUUACUAAAAACUCUAAGGUUGCUAAACAAUCUGAUGGAGCCCUGACAAAUUCUGAUAGUUCCAAGACACCAACAAGUACAGCCCAAGAUAAAGAGGAUAUCCCAGACAAUGAGGCAGCUAGUUCACACUCCAGUGGUCCCUGUUGCCUUGGGACCAACUUAACAGUUGAGGCAAAAGUGAAUGCCUUGCAACAGGGUGGAGCAGAAGAUGUUGUCAAAGCAAAUUACAUUGGAAGUGUUGUAUCUGUCAAAACAUCCAGUUCUACAAAGAAGGAGAUUUCAGCCCAAUCCUCAAGCCAUUGUCCCGUGCACAACUCUAGACCAUCCAGUAAAGCUGAGACAUGUGGUAAAAGCACCAUGUCUGCUGCUGACCUCCAAGCCGCUGAGGCAGUGUCGCAUCAACACUGUCAAAAGUCAGAGGCAAGCAAAGCCAAGUUCCCCAAGGAGAAAAACAAGAGGCGUCAGAGAAAGGGGAGUCAGAAGACUCAAGAUAAAGAAUAUGAAGUCACCCCUGCCUCUCUGCCCAACGCUUCCCCCAGUGAAGUUGUCAGUGAUUGGUUGCGCAGCAUUCCUUCUGACAACAAUAUGCUUGCUCUUGAUGACCUUACUGAGUUUGAGCCUGACAAGGAAAUAGUGGCUAAAGCUGAAGAAGUAACAGAAUCAAAGGAGGAGAGCCAUGAAGGGGAAAAGGUCGACGCAGAGGAAAAAGUGGAGGGUGAAGAGAAAGAAGAAGAAAGUGUAGCAAUAGAAGACAAGACAAAUCAAGAUCUGGCACCACAUGCUGUAGAAACAUCUUACCGGCCUGAUGCUAUGUGGAUGAGUGGCAAGUCCAUGCCCAAGAACUGGCGCUCUUCAACUGCAGUGAUGAAGGUUCUUCUCAGUUCCUCUCUGGGACGAUGUAGGAGCUUGCCUGAGGUGUCUCCAGUUUAUGGCCGUAGACUAAGUACAUCAGCCAGGGGUCUUUUGGACUGUCUGGCCCAACUUCAGCUCAUCGAGCCCACUGGGAAUCAGGGCUGCAAUCGAAUUGACGACCAAAACCGGAAAUAUGAGGACAUUAUGACCAUUCUUCAGUCCCUUUGGCUGACUGACCCUCAUGACAUUGAGACCAAGGACAUUGGCACAGAACAAGUGACCCCCCCAAGGUCCUCUUCGGGGGUAGGUAUGAGCAGUGGCUCUGGUGGAUCGGGGAAGGACCAUGAGAAUCAAGGAGGAGAUGAAACCCUCCCAAAAGAGUCUUCACAUGAGGAUGAGGCAGUGGGCGGGGAGGGACUAGAACCAGAAACCAAGGAAAUUAUGGUUGAGCCUGUCUUACAAGAGAAGCCCUUGCACAGUGAGGACCAGAGUAAAGUACUUCCAGUUCUGGACAGCCUAAAAGCUGAGAAGCCCUCAUCAUCAGAUAAGACUUCGACCAACGAUACCUCCAACUCCAGCUCAGGAACGCCUCCAACAGUUUUGCAAGCAUCCUUGUCCAAAAGACCAUCCCAUGAACCCGAUCCCGUGUGGGUCCUGCACCUCCUGAAGAAGCUGGAGAAGCAAUUCAUGAACCACUAUGUAGACGCUAUGGCAGAAUUUAAAGUUCGUUGGGACCUGGAUGACAGCCUUAUUCUCGACACGAUGAUCUCGGAGCUGAAGAAUGAGGUGAGCAGUCGAAUCCAGAGAAGCAUAGAGCGGGAGAUGAGGAAGAUCCAGGGUCGAGUCGGCAGAGGCGAGAAGUCGCCACGGCCUCCUAAAGGGGUGAACCUCUCCAGGGAGUCCACCAUGACAGAGAAGAGGCGACGGAUGCUGAAGGUCAUGAAGAACCAUUCAGUCAAAACUGGUGACUCCUUCAGUGAUGGAGAGUUGACAGUCGAGUUCAGCGACCAACGAAGCGAUGAUGAUUACUGCCCCUGUGAUGCUUGUGUACGCAAGAAAAUGGCGGCACGACCUCUCAAAAUGCACCCGGCGGCUGCUGAAGCUCCAGUGAUGAUGGAGUUUGACCUCCUUAAAAUACUUCAGCUCAAGAAGACCCCAGCACCUGUAUCUCCAACCGCACCACAACCUUCAAAUAGUGCGGUCAUAGAGGACGAUGGGAGGAGUUUAGAGGUUGUACAGGAGGAAGAGGAGGAUGAUGACUCAAAUGAGGAUAGCACAGUCCCUGAAGAUGGUUCAGGGAAGGAAUGCGGUGAGAAAAAUGAAUCUGAGAUAAGCGGGGAGGGAGAGUGCUGCCAGUGCAGGGGAGAGGAAAGACGAGAGCGAGUCGAUGCUGAGGAAACAAGCGAUAACAUGGGUGGUGAAGUAGACACGAAUGGCGAUGACGCUGAAGAUGAGGGCGAGACAGGAGAGGACGUGGGCGAGACAGAAAUCAACGAAGGGAAAGAUGACAGCAAAAAUGGAGCUGCAGAAGAAGAGACCACUGAGAGGGGUGAUGGAGAGGAUGCAGGAGAGGAAGAGGCCACAACAAAUCAGCAUAAUGAAGACACAACACUUUUGGGGAAGGAGGAGGAGGGAAAAAGCAGUGCCUCAGCAGGGGCAGAGGAUGAAGAGGAGGAUGAGACUGAAGGGCCUCGAGAUGAAGGGGAAUCAUCACAGCAGGAAGGAGUCUCACAAAAGGGUCGUAGCUCAACCGGGGCUGCCCGCGUGACCGAGGGCGAAGAAGCCGAUGUUGAAGACUCAGAUGCUGACGCUAAUCGCCCAAGAUACACCGGCGCUGAUGAGUCAGGCGCAAAUGAAGAGAACGAGGGGGGCGGUGCUGUCCUGCAUCAGUUCACCAGGACCUCAGUGGAGUCCCAGCCAGGCUCCUUGGAGGACUGAUACCCUCACACGUUUUGUGGCGCGAAUCUGGUACUGCUUGGCUCUUUCUCUAACAACACAACCCGAUUCAAACCAAGCACAUGAAAGGAAAAAACAGAACACUUUGAUGCACUUUAUCACUCUGCUGUUGGAGUCUCGGUGAAACUUGAAACAACAACAUAGCCAACUGUAGUGUCUAGUAAAUAUACAAAUCAUAUUUGUACACUUUUAAAAUGGUAUUUCUGAAUAAUACCGAAUUACUCUCAUGUUACAUUUUUAAACUUUAAGAUGUUCGACAAUUGAUGAUAUUGUUGCUGUGGACCAUAUUUUGUCUUUUUUUUUUAAUAUGUCUCUACAGCUAGCUGCUUAAAUGUAAUAUGACACUCACUCAAGAUUACAGUGGUGUGAAAAACUGUUUGUUUGUCCCUUCAUGAUUUCUUUUUUUUUGUGCAUGUUUGUCAUAUCUAAAUGUUUCACAUCAUCAAACAAAUUGAAAUAUUAGUCAAUGGCAACACAGCUGAACACAAUAUGUAGUUUUUACAUUAUUUGUUUUAUUAUUCAUGGAGAAAAGAAUCCAAACCUAAAUGGCCUUGUGUGAAAGUGAUUGCCCCCUAAACCUAAUAACUGGUUGGGCCACCCUUAGCAGCAACAACUGCAAUCAAGCGUUUGUGAUAACUUGCAAUGAGUCUCUUACAGCGCUGUGGAGGAACUUUGGCCCACUCAUCUUUGCAGAAUUGUUGUCAUUCAGCCACAUUGGAGGGUUUUCCAGCAUGAAGCACCUUUUUAAGGUCAUGCCACAGCAUCUCAAUAGGAUUCAGGUCAGAACUUUGACUAGGCCACUCCAAAGUCUUCAUUUUGUUUUUCUUCAGCCAUUCAGAGGUGGACUUGCUGGUGUGUUUUGGAUCAUUGUCCUGCUGCAGAACCCAAGUUGGUUUCACCUUGAUGUCACCAACAGAUGGCCAGACAUUCUCCUUCAGGAUUUUUUGGUAGACAGCAGAAUCCAUGGUUCCAUUUAUCACAGCAAGUCUUCCAGGUCCUGAAGCAGCAAAACAUCCCCAGACCAUCACACUACCACCACCAUAUUUUACUGUUGGUGUGGUGUUUUUUCUAAAAUGCGGCGUUACUUUUACGCCAGAUGUAAUGGGACACACACCUUCCAAAAAGUUCAACUUUUGUCUCAUCAGACCACGGAGUACUUUCCCAAAAGUCUUGGGGAUCAUCAAAAUGUUUUCUGGCAAAAUUUAGACGAGCCUUAAUGUUCUUUUUGUUCAGCAGUCGUUUUUGUCUUGGAACUCUGCCAUGCAGGCCAUUUUUGCCCAGUGUCUUUCUUAUGGUGGAGUCAUGAACACUGACUUUAACUGAGGCAAGUGAGGCCUGCAGUCCUUUGGAUGUUGUUGUGGGGUCUUUUGUGACCCCUUGGAUGAGUCGUUGCUGUGCUCUUGGGGUAAUUUUGGUUGGCCGGCCACUCCUAGGAAGGUUCACCACUGUUCCAUGUGUUUGUCAUUGGUGGAUAAUGUCUUUCACUGUGGUUCGCUGGACUCCCAAAGCUUUAGAAAUGGCUUUAUAACCUUUUCCAGACUGAUAGAUCUCAAUUAAUCUCAAGUUUACGGGGAGCAAUCACUUUUUUCACACAGGACCAUGUAGGUUUGGAUUUUUUUUUUCUCUCAAUAAUAAAAAGUUUGAUUUAAAAACUGCAUUUUGUGUUCAUUUGUGUUGUCAUUGACUAAUAUUUACAUUUGUUUGAUGAUCUGAAACAUUUAAGUGUGACAAACGUGCAAAAAAUGAAUCAAUUAGGAAGGGACAAACACUUUCACACCACUGUACAUGUGUAAUCUGAUUACUUUAAAGAAAUAAGAUCAUAUAUGCUGAGUCACUCUUAUGUCUAUGCUGUAUAUCUCAUUAGAAGCCUUAAAAAUAUAUAAUUGAAAUUGCAUUGAAGAGUGUCAUCACCUUGAGGCCAGGAAACACAUCAUAUAUUGAAUAGUAUUUUUUUCCUACUAGUACUGUGGAUUCACUAGUUUUUAUCUGAAUAGAAUUCUUUUUUCAUUGCUUUAGUGUCUGACUGUGAACCUGUGGGAUCAAUGAGCUGUAAGGUUUCCCACAUGCUGUACAUUCAUAUGGGGUUUGUGUGAGCAUCCAUGUGGACCAGAGGUGUGAUGCGUGUUACUGAUGCCUUACCGUAUCCAUGGUUAUAUGAAGUGGAUCUACAGAAACAAAGAGACGGGUCGUGCUUAAGUGGCUGCAGAGUUCCACAUUGGCUAUGUGGUUCGGUGUCUGUGGACGGGAAGGGGCCGUGAUGCGCACAUGAAUAUAUCAUGUUGAUGCAAAUAAAAGAUAUACACAUUACAAGAUUGAACAUGUUCGUUCAUUUGAACUGAAAGCAAGGUUUCAUACACUUCAGUUGUAUAGUCAUUACAAAUUCUUGAAAUAUGAGGAUGCGUUGCAUGUAAAUAUUACACUUGAAAUGACUUCAUGGGUGUGAAGGUGUCGUGUGCUAAUACUUAGGUAUAUCAAGAACUCUCUGUUGCGCAAUCCUGUGCUCAGCUCUGGUCCAAAAGGGACUCCAAAGCUGCUCAGCCACUCCCAAGAUACACGUCACGUUAAUCCAGUAUAGCUGGGUGACGGUGUGUGUGUGUGUGUUUGUGUAUGAGUGGAGCAGUGACGUACAGUCGGGGAAGGCAGGUGAUGAAAAUAUUAAAAAACAGGAAAUAAAUAUGAAUAUUUGUUCAUUUUUAACAUUUUCUAAAGUAAAAAUCGCAGAAUUUGCAUAUUUUCUGAUCAAAUACAGGCCACAAACCGAAAGAUGAGGCUGCGUUGAGUGUCUCUUCUCGGUGUAGUGCGCAAGUCCAGCCUCCCUUCUGAGUGCACUCAGUGAGCGCAGCAGCACCAGCUGGAGAGUAAAAAGUCACAUCCCUCAAAGAUAUUUUUAUGCUGCCCUGAAUGAAUUUGACUACCAAAAUGCAGGAUUUUAUAUCCAAGCUCACCGGAAGGUGAUCAGAGUUUUACAACAAAGUAUCAGAGCUUUUCCUGGAGAAGGAUGCAUGAAAUGCUAGUAUGUGAACGUUAGCAUGCUAGCAAUGCUAACAUGCUAAAGUUAGCAUGCUAACCCCUAGCAUGAUAGCACAAUGUACCAGGAAGUCUAAAUGUCCAGAAUGAUCUAAGUUCUCAUGGUGCCUUUUGCCACCUUAAAACAAAUCUUGCUUUGCUUCUCCCUCCUUUGUUGGCUUUGUUGUAUUUUGUGUGACUCUCAUAAAGAGACUGGAACUGUUUUGUUGCCUAACGUCUCUGCACAAGCUUAUGUCAACCCCUCAUGGAUUUACUUUAGAAUAUGUGGCUUUACUCGCACGUAAACUGGCUGGUAACGUAUAAGUUGAGCUAAUAUUUCAUCAGCAAAGGAACAUUUAAUUUGUAUUACACCUCAACAAUACAUUUCUAUUUUUCACAUGUCUGUAAAAUAAUUUUAUUUGUAUAAAAAUAAAAACAAAGUCUGUGGCGUACCACUAGAUAGAGCCUGCAUACCACUGGUGGUGCUCAGGCCACAGUUUGAGAAUCCAUGUACUCGAUGCUUGUGAGCAAAAGCUGCCCCCUCUAAAAGUAUCUCACAAACGACAGUACACGACUCAUAUUUCAGCAUUUUAUUAUAUCUUCUCAAGUAGUCAGUGUACAGCUUGUAAAGCCGUAUUGAUUUAUUGAAAAUAAUGAAGCACCCUAACAAGAUGCCUCCCUUUGAGAGGAUAUACUGUAAUAAAGUUGUGAGAGCUGGACUGACUUUUAUGAGCUACUGGAAGGAAACAUUAUGUCUUGGCCAUUGAGGCAGGCAGACACGCCCCCACAGCCUCUCGUAUGAUUGGCUGCAGCUCCAGACAAGACCCCGCCUCCUUGAGUGAGAGACCAGUCAGCAAAGAGACCAACGCCAGAGGCACAACCUGGUCCCAAAGAGGGAAGUCAUAUGAGAGAACACUCCUCUUUGUCAUUUGGUUCUUGACCUUUACCUUGGUCCUUUCCUUGCCAGUGGCUGUGUGUGUGGUCACGUCACAAGAUCUUAUGUCCUCUGUGAGGUUUUCCACCUGGUAGAUGGACAUCAGGAGAGCCUCCUCGCACUGGGACUCAGGGCG